UUGGAUGCCAAGAAGCGAAAGAAACUGAUGCUCAUGGACCACCACCAACUGGUUCGCUUCCAUGUUGUGCCCACCCGCAACGUCAUGGUGACUAAAGAGAAACGCUGGCGCAACCGUAUUGAAGUGCGUUGCAGCCGUUGGCCCCCUUUCAAGAUGUGGGUGUCUUCAGUUCUGAACAGCCGAACCUUCAAGGGCUUUAUGAUCUUUCUUAUCUGUUUGAACAUGCUGGUCCUCAUGGUCUCAACACAGAUAAUAGGGAAGAAGGGAAACACCUAUGGGAAAAUUACCUGGGUCCUGGAGGUGAUCAUUUGGAUCAUUUUUAGCAUGUUUGUAAUGGAGAUUUUGUUGCAUUGGCUUGUGAGCUUUCGGAGAUACUGGAGAAAUCCUUGGAAUAUCUUUGAUUUCACAGUGACCUUCAUCUCCUGUAUACCAGCAUUAAUAUUUCCAUUUGAGGUGAAUAGGACAAAACUCCAACUUAUCCAGUAUAGCCGUGUACUGCGUGGCCUAAAGCUCUUUCCUAGAGUCCGACAAGUCCGGGUUCUCAUCAUGGCUAUUGCCAAAGCCCUGAAGGCGAUGGCCUUCAUUUUAGUUCUCCUUGUCUUCCUCUUCUACGUCUUUGCUGUUUCGGGCAUCUUCUUUUUUGAGAGUUACACCCGUUCAGACAGGAUGGACCUGACUUACAACAUGUUUUUCAUGGACAUGCCCAACUCUCUAGUGACCAUCUUCAUUCUUUUCACCAUGGACCAUUGGUAUGCUCUGUUACAAGAUUUAUGGAAGGUCCCAGAGAUAAACAAGGUGAUCAGUGGUAUAUUUAUCUGCCUAUGGCUUCUGAUUGGGGCAUUUAUUUUUAGGAAUCUCUUUGUUGCCAUUAUGGUCACCAAUUUCCAGAACAUCCGAAGUGACCUAAGUGAAGAGGUGAGCCAGAUAGAGACUCAGACGCAAGCUGACAAAUUCAAAAUGGAGAUCAUGGAAAAGAGAUUCA